UUCGCAGCUCAAAGCUUUCAAGUCCCAGCUUCGAUUCCCAUUCGUUUCAGUCUACCGAGGUUUUAUUUGACGAGGUUAUCUGUCCGGGCUUGUUUACAUUGGAACUUCAGCUGAUUAGAAGCAAAUCGGAUAGACGCGUUUUUCCAGCGUACAGUUGAAAGUGAAAUCCAUAGAGAGAGGAUGCUGGAUGUGGUGGCUCUGCUACUGAUCGCCCUUGCAGUGGGCUUUUGGUUUGUGCGCACGCGAUAUAGUUACUGGACCCGUCGGGGCAUUGGAAAUGAUCCCUCCCGAUUUCCCGUGGGCAAUAUGGAGGGAUUCCGGAAAACGAAGCACUUCAUCGAUAUUGUAACCCCUCUGUAUGAGAAGUUCAAGUCCAAUGGAGCUCCCUUCGCCGGUUUCUUUAUGAUGCUAAGACCCGUGGUUUUAAUCACGGACCUGGAAUUGGCCAAGCAGAUUCUUAUACGGGACUUCGCCAACUUUGAGGAUCGAGGAAUGUACCAUAAUGAGCGGGACGAUCCUCUGACCGGUCACCUAUUCCGCAUCGAUGGACCCAAGUGGCGACCCCUGCGCCAGAAGAUGUCGCCCACCUUCAGUUCCGCCAAGAUGAAGUACAUGUUUCCCACGGUUUGCGCAGUGGGCGAGGAACUUGGCCAGGUUUGCGGCGAGUUGGCGGAUAAUGCCAUGUGCGGCAUCCUCGAGAUCGGGGAUCUGAUGGCCCGCUACACAUCCGAUGUCAUCGGGCGGUGCGCCUUUGGCGUUGAAUGCAAUGGCCUACGGAAUCCCGAGGCCGAGUUCGCCACAAUGGGAAGAAGAGCCUUUUCAGAGCGCCGCCACUGCAAGCUGAUCGAUGGGUUUAUCGAGAGUUUUCCCGAUCUGGCCCGACUGCUGCGCAUGCGCCAGAUCCACCCCGAGAUUACGGACUUCUAUGUGGGCAUUGUCCGGGAAACCGUAAGGCAGAGGGAGGAGCAGGGCAUCGUGAGGAGCGACUUCAUGAACCUGCUGAUCGAAAUGAAGCAGAGGGGUGAGCUCACCAUCGAGGAAAUGGCCGCCCAGGCUUUUAUAUUUUUUGUCGCGGGCUUCGACACCUCCGCUUCGACCUUGGGAUUCGCCCUCUACGAGUUGGCCAAACAGCCGGAAUUGCAGGUGAAGCUGCGCCAGGAAAUCGACGAGGCGCUGCGAUUACAUCAGGGGGAAUUCACCUACGAUUCCAUGCAGGAGCUUCGUUACAUGGAACUAGUCAUUGCAGAAACCCUUCGGAAAUAUCCAAUACUACCGCAGCUGACUCGGAUCUCCAGGCAUUUAUACGCCGCCAAAGGCGACCGUCAUUUCUACAUUGAACCCGGUCAGAUGCUACUAAUUCCGGUCUAUGGCAUCCAUCAUGAUCCCGCUUUAUAUCCAGAGCCCCAUAAGUUCAUACCGGAGCGGUUUUUGGCCGAUCAACUGGCCCAGCGACCCACAGCCUCUUGGCUGCCCUUCGGCGAUGGACCCCGUAACUGCAUCGGAAUGAGAUUUGGCAAAAUGCAGACAACAAUCGGUCUGGUCAACCUGCUCAGGAGCUUUCACUUCAGCGUCUGUCCGCGAACUGACCCAAAAAUCGAGUUUGUGAAGUCGAAUAUUCUGCUGUGCCCUGCUAAUGGCAUUUACCUGAAGGUCCAAGAGCUGAGCCAAGUGAGGAGAUAGUGGUUCUUAUCAAGCCGGCAUCCAGAUUGUAAUUUGAUGUACAUUUUAAUUUGAUUAUGUAAAAUACGUAUAAUAACACAUUUUUAUCAAUAUACGUUCUAGUAACGCA